UUGGCUUCGGCGUCGGCGUCGCUCCCCGGCUGGGGCAGUAGGCCGGCCUCUCUCCGCAGUCGGUAGGUGAAGUGCCGGCGGCGGAGGGUCACCAGCCGCGCGGCGUUGGCUAGGGUGUUGGGGUCGUUGUGUCUUGACAGCGACGCUGGUAGUCUUUUCUGCGACAGCGGGUGCGGCCGCGUUAGCCCUAAACGGGCUUCACGGCUGUCUGGCGAGUCUCUGCRAGCGCCCGACCUUCUCUUCCCGGACCCCACGCCAGCAGCGACCCUGAGCCAACACCCGGAAAGACCGGUAAUGGCGGCCUCGACGGCCUCGCACCGGCCCAUCAAGGGGAUCCUGAAGAACAAGACGUCUACGACUUCAUCGGUGGUGGCCUCGGCCGAGCAGCCCCACCGGAGCGUUGAAGAGGAGCUGAGUAAAAAAUCCCAGAAGUGGGAUGAAAUGAACAUCUUGGCAACAUAUCAUCCAGCAGACAAAGACUAUGGUUUAAUGAAAAUAGAUGAACCAAGCACUCCUUACCACAGUAUGAUAGGUGAGGAUGAAGAUGCAUAUAGUGAUUCAGAAACCACUGAAGCCAUGUCUCCAGAUGUCUUAGCUAAGAAAUUAUCUGCUGCUGAAGGCUCAGAACCAAAGUAUCAGUCUCUGGAACACGAAAGCAGUGGAGAGGAGGAUAGUGAACUCACACCUGAAGAACAAGAAAAAAAGCGACAAUUUGAAAUGAAGAGGAAGCUUCACUACAAUGAAGGACUGAAUAUUAAAUUAGCUAGACAACUAAUUUCGAAAGAUCUACAUGAUGAUGAAGAUGAAGAAAUGUUAGAGACUGCAGAUGGAGAAAGCAUGAAUAUUGAAGAAUCAAAUCAAGGAUCUACUACAAAUGACCAACAGCAAAACAAAUCACAAAAUUCAUAGAAGAGAUUUGUUCAACAUUGCAGUUGUUUGUCAAAUACAAACCCUUUUACUAUAAUACACUGCUUCCACAAUUCAUGACUUAAGUACCAAAAUGCAUACCAGUUAUUAUAUAUUGCCAAGAAUUAAAUGAUAACCUUAGAGACUGAUUAGACUGAAAAUGCCUAAUUAAUGCAUAUAUUCUUGUGCCUCRUACUUCACCACAAAUACAGUGUAAUGUCAUCAGUCCUAAACUGCUUUAGUUUUGUAAGAACACUGGUUAAUUUGUAUAAGAUAUUGUAGAGCUUUUUAUGCUUUAGAGGUUAAACAGCGUCUUUGUGGGGGAGGGGGACUAAUUUAUUUUCAUCACUACUAGAUGUGAUACCUCUUAUAAAAAGUUUGUUGGGUUUUUUGUUUAUUUUUAACAAAAGUUGAUUGGAACAAGAAGAUAUAUAGGCUGAUAUAUAUUCAGGCUGAAAGAUAUUUUAACAUUUGUCUUCAACUUGAUUUUUCUGUUUGAGAAAGUUUAUAAGUAUUAUUGAUGCAUAUUCUGGCCUACUCUCUUUAAAAUUCCUGUUGAGUUUCUUUGUGUUUACAAGGAAAAGAUUGAAUUUUUUCUCCUCAGAACUAGCUUUUUUUGACAAAUAAACUAUCAGGUUAAACUUGCACUAAUGUCUGCUCUAACUGCUUGUUUUGGUACACUAAGCAGACCAGAUCAGUUUUUUUUUUUCCAAUAAAUAUAAUUAUAGGCAUCAGUAUUCCCUUUACAUACCUGUCUUAACUUUCUGCUUUCAUAUUCUCCUCCUUUCUACACAUACGCAUACGAUUGUAAGGAUCACAAAGUUGCUACAAUAAUGACAUUCUCAUUUUGGCCAUUAGUGUUUAAUAGUUCUUCUGAUAGAUGAAGAAWAUCAAUUGAGUAGCAACAAUACUAUAGGCAGGAAAUAAAAUUCAACUGCUCAGUUUCUACAUCUCUCUUAUUUACAGUGUGGUAAUUAAAUUGCUAUUAUUAGUUCAUUUGACUUAAUUAGACAUUAGAAAACAAUUGAGGCUUUUUUGCAUGAUGAGAGAAUUAUAUGUAAYCAGUGAUAUAAUUGUUCCUGAAUGUACAGACAGAAUUAAGCCUGAACAUUUUUUAUUUAAAAWUUUUUAAAUAGUUCCUGAUUUAAGGGAAUAUGAUAAUGUAUACUAUGACAAAUGUACUUUAUUCUUCUAACACAGUAGGAAUUAUUUGGUUUUUGUUUGGUUCUGAAAUGAAGUGCAGUUCUUGUGUAUCUUGAUUUAAUGGGUUUCAUUUCUAGUCAAUUAUUUGUUUCUUAAUUUUGGUUAGUACCAAAAGAAUCCAUUAUCUGAAUAGACUUUUAAAAUAAUUUCUGUAUAUUAUAUAUAUAUAUAUAUGAAAUGGCUUUUAGUGAACAGCUUAUCUUCCACUUGCAGGUUUAUGGAAAUAUCCGUAUGUUGAAGUAAAUAAAAAGUGGGAGGAUUCUUUGCUGUUAGAAGAAUGUGCUUAUUAUUUUGAAUGUCAUGGAAUCUAAUCAAAGUUCCUCUGAAAUAUAGUGUGGUAUUUUAAUCAUUUUAGCUUAGUAAUACCACUGAUUUAUCAGCAAAACAAUGUUUAUCUCUGUUUUGUGUUUAGUCUAUACACAAGUGUGUACAUAUGUUCAUACACCCUGACCUCUGUUUUUGGCUUCCUCUUUUUCAGUUCUUAGAAAGUAUUCACAUACUCCUAGAAUUAGCUGCUGUACAGUGAAGAAAAAUUAAGACUUUUUAACAACUGAUUCUUUUUUUUUUCCUACAAACCAUUUAUUGAAACUUAAAACUUAUUUCUAGUUUCAGAGAGUAAAUAAUUAUCUCAUAGGAGUAAGAUUUGCCAGAUAGCAUGGUUGGUAAGAUUUUAGAUAGUCAAACACUACUAAUAAGAAUGUUUUUGUCAAAUUAUGAGUUCCUAAUUGACCUGGUAUUGGAUAAGCAAAAAAUGAAACUUUGUGGACUUGAGAAUAUAGCUCAGGGGUACCUUUCUAGCAUGUAUGAGGCCCUGGGUCUGAUUCCCCCAUAUUGCAAAAAAAUUAAAUUUUUUAAAAAGUAAAGCUUAGAAAGUAAUUUKUAUUUAGUUUUAGCCAAGGUAGAUUCUACUCUCAGCCUUAUUUCUUCUGCUAAACUCUUUAGUAUCAACUAGUGUGUUUAUUCAUUUUUCAAAGUUCAGAAAUGGUUUCUUAAAGUGGGUGCUAYUUAACAUCCCAGCAACUUAUCAAGACCCUGUCUCAAAAUAAAAAUGGCCUGUAAUGUAGCUCACUGAUUGAGUGCCUCUGUGUUAAAUCCCAGGACCAUGUGGUGGGGAAAAUGUUUUUUUUAAAUCUAAGACUUAGUGGUAUAACGUGAUUGUUAAAAUAAGAAUCAGUUGAAGAUUAAAACAAAAUGCCAUUUUCCUCCUAAACUUUCAUUUUGUUCAUAUUGUUCACUUUCAGUUAGURUGUACUACACGUAUUAUACAGUGUCAUAUACUGUGUGUGGAUUUUAUUUUACUAGCCAACUAUCUCAAGAUCAUAUUCCACUAAUCAAGUAGACUUUGGACUCUCUUGUGGCUCAGUAGUUUGUUUAGUUGUUGUAGAAUUGAUAACAAGAACUACCAUUUAUUGAGAACCUAUUAUUAUUUGCACUUACCUAACAUAACAUAGUACUAGGUCCCUAUCUAAUCCUUAAAACUACCAUGCAAAGCAGGCAUUCAUUCUUACCUGUUUAUAAGUAAGGAAAAUGCUCCUGGCCAAGUUACUCAUUUUUCAUUGUCUCACAYCUGCUAAGUGACAAGGUUCAAAUCCAGAUGUAACUAAAUUUUCAUGGUCUUCAUCAAUUUUUUUUUAACUGUAGAAAAUUCAUUUUAAAAAUUGUACCUUACAAAUAAACUUUAUUUGGAUUAUUGAUUUGAUACUGUAUGAUUUAAGCGGAUUAUAUUUCAGGUAUUUAGUUUGAGUUUCUGUUUUUUAUUUUAGUCUGAAAAAUUGAAGAUAAUUUUAUUUUGUUUGCAGUUUUGUAGCAUUUAGGAAAAUCAAGAGCACAAUCUGCUCAGGAAUGUCUAAAUGCAUGAUUGGUGUUAUAUUACACAAGUUUGUUUCCAAGCAGACUGUUCAAUACUCACUGUGAUUUCUUUAUUGAAUCAAUGUUAGGAAGUCACAUACCAGUCCAGCCAUAAAAAAACCAACAYGUAAUAACACUUGCCUGGUAUGUGUGAAGGCCCUGGUUUCAGUGCCAACACUGAAGAAAAAAAAAAAAAGUUUCUAAUUGGCAUUUCCCAAUGUGUUACAUGAAAAGAAUUCCAUGAGCAAGUAAAAGCUCUGCACAUGCYAUAUACUUUAUUCUCCUACCAUCUUAUAGACAUAAUGUGUCUUACAUCAAAGAGUCCAAUAGUAGAUUAGGUUAUAGCUCAGUUGUAGAACACAUGCUUAACACAUAUACCAUCUUUGGUUUAAUCACUAAAACCACAAGAAACAAGAAGAAGAAAAGUGAAAAAUAAAAGGUUUUAAAAGUCUUGAUUAAAGAAAGAAACUUGGUUAAAACUUGGUUUAACCUCGAAUUCUUCAAACUUACUUCACAGUAACCACCCCACCUUGUCCAUCAAAUAAUAUUCCAAAGGAGGGGAAGAGGCUAGAGUUUUAACAUAUCAAAGUUGAACUUCCUCCAAGAAUAAGAAGAGAAUGGUUUGUUUAGAAUUUGCCGAACAUAACUUUUGGCAACUUAUCCAAGAAACAGUAAAAUGUGUAUCCAGGACAGAUGAGGGUGUGGUUGAUGUGGCUACUUAUAAGCUGCUGUGGUUUAAUACUGAUAUGACUCUUGCUCCAAAAUUUGCUGUUCUAAGCAGUUCUCAUCCUUGUCAUCAGCUCUUGCAUGCAUAGCCAGUUGACAAGAGCACAUCUGCUACUCAUUGGGAAAAACAGAACAGAAAAUAGAAGCCAGAUAGCAAGUCUGUGGCUCAUGUCCCUAAACCUUGGUUAAUUUGUUUUGUUUUUUAGUUCUUAUAAUUUAAAUUUGGAUUUGAUUCAUCUGAGUUUUUUUUAUUUGAGGAAUUAUUGGGGGAGGUAAUGAUGAGAAUAGGUAAGUGAGGGUGGAUUUGGCAAAUGUUCAGUCAUGAUUUUAUAUCAGCUGCCCAGCCUGAAWUUUUUUUCAGUCUAUGUCUGCCAAGUAUUCAGCAUUUCAGUUCUAUUACUAAUGGGAAUUAUUGGGAUUGGAAGAGAACUUCUGUAAAUUGUUGUUCCCCUCUGUUCAAUUCUUUUGGAAUUGAUAAUAGUAUUGACUAGAAAUAGGAUUGUACAAUCUGAUUUUUUGUAUUUUAUUUUCAUUUGACUCUCUUUUUAAGCAAAGGGAAUUAUAAACAGCUUUGCAGUAUGCCUUGUUCAAAUAAAAUGGUUCAAUCUGAAAGUGUUACCAGUAACAGAAAUAACCCAGGAAGAAAAAAGUUUUAUUACAUACUAGUUAACAUUCAGUGGUCUCUGAAGUACCCCAGUAUGUAAGCAAUUAUUUAAUUUUCUUUUUAUCUCCCUAUAUAAAAGAGACACCCUCUUGAAAAACAAGCACUUUCUCUAAUGUAGUGYACCUUGCCAAGCUAAAUGGGGACUGUGGACCUAAGACUACUACCAUUAGAGAUUGUCAAGUUUAGAUAUGCAUCAUAGCAGAAGGAACACUCCUUUGGGAGAACAAGGAAGGAGUAGGCAUACACUCAUCCUCCAGCCAUCCUGAGGAGGCCUUUCUGGCACAAAACUGGGGAGGAUGAACUUAGCAAGACUGCUACCUAGCAGAUUUUUGUAUGAAUUCCCUUAAAACCAAAUUUAAGAGCUCUUUAGUCACCUACCACUAAAUUGUUACUAAGCAACAUGGAACAUUCCCACAAAAAUCAGAAAUGUCAAAUGAUAUAUUUUUUAACAUCACUGCCUAAUACAAAAUUUUGUAUUUCAGAAGUUGAAUCAGAUUUGUGGAAUAUUGCCUUUUUAAUAAUYUCUUAAGUCACUUUACUAGGAGACAAGAAGGGGCUGGGAAGAGAAGGACAGAACUGUCAGUCCCACUCAAGCUUGAAACUAUCUCAGGAAAUAUACUGUCAUCCAGUGCUAAAUUUGGCAAGUAUCAAAUAGAUACCCACUUCCCUACUGGUAUGCUACAAAGUAGGAUUUGGGUUUUUCAUGGUAAAUCACAAAGUACAUAAUCCAUUCUAGUGGAUCAUACUAAUCUCUACCUAAAAG